GCGGACGGACACGAUCGGAGCGGGAACCGACCCGUCAGACUUUUCACACUUAGGUUUUCGUCUUUUUUUUUUUUUUUUUUUUAAAUAAUUCCUUUUCGUUACCGCUACUCGGGCGCCGCGUGGCCCAGAGGGGAAGCCGGCGCGUGGGCGCGCCAAGUCCCCGGGCCGCCGGAGCGGUGGCACUGCCCUUUCUGGCGCAGUAGAGAGCCAGGCCCGCGGCGGUGGCAGGCGCGAUCCCCGCGCGGGCCGGCUGCGCUCCGUCGUCCCCCGAGCGAGCCAGCGAGCAGCGAGUGCGAAUCAGCUGCGCAGCGGCCGGCGCGGAGCUCCCGAGCCAGAUUAGAGGCGCGCACCGGGCGGAACGCGGCGCCCUUUGAAGCUCCCCAAAGCCGGCGCGCCAGCCCCCACCCUCCAACAUCAAAGUGUGCGCCGGGUGGCUCCCAGCGUCGUGGCAAACUCUCGGGGACCAGCUCCGGGCGAGUUUUGGUGAUUUCCCGCGGGGGGACUGGAGAAGAGGAGACGUAGAGCGCUCUGAGCGCCGGGAACCGAAGCCGCCACUCUCCGAACCGAAGCCGCGCCGAGCCCGCCCGCGCUCCCGCUGCCCUCGCCGGCCGCAGCCUCCCGCGGGGGCGCUUGGACAUUUCUGCUGCGCAUCCCGGACAGCAACUCCCGGCGCCCGCGGCCCCGGGCUCCCUCGGCCCGUGGUGGCCUCCGAGUGAGCCGAGCCACACUCCACUUGCGCCCCCUAAUCCCCGGCGCCUCGGGCUCUCCGGAGCGCCGGCGGGGCCACCGGCCUGCGCGGCUGCGGGUUCGGGCCUGGCUGUGGGAUGUUAGCUGUGGGGGCGAUGGAGGGCCCCCGGCAGAGCGCGUUCCUGCUCAGCAGCCCGCCCCUGGCCGCCCUGCACAGCAUGGCCGAGAUGAAGACCCCGCUGUACCCCGCCGCCUACCCCCCGCUGCCCACCGGGCCCCCCUCUUCCUCCUCGUCCUCCUCGUCCUCGUCGCCCUCCCCGCCUUUGGGAGCCCACAAUCCAGGCGGCUUGAAGCCCCCGGCCGCGGGGGGCCUCUCGUCCCUGAGCAGCCCCCCGCCGCAGCUCUCGGCCGCCACCCCGCACGGCAUCAACGACAUCCUGAGCCGGCCCUCCAUGCCGGUGGCCUCAGGGGCCGCCCUCCCUUCCGCCUCGCCCUCGGGGUCCUCGUCCUCCUCCUCCUCGUCCGCCUCGUCCGCCUCCGCCACCUCGGCCUCUGCGGCCGCCGCCGCCGCCGCUGCAGCGCCGCCGCCGCCGCCGCCCGGGCUCUACUUCAGCCCCAGCGCCGCGGCCGUGGCCGCCGUGGGCCGGUACCCCAAGCCCCUGGCCGAGCUGCCCGGCCGGACGCCCAUCUUCUGGCCCGGGGUGAUGCAGAGCCCGCCCUGGAGGGACGCACGCCUGGCCUGUACGCCCCAUCAGGGAUCCAUUUUGUUGGACAAAGAUGGGAAGAGAAAACACACCAGACCCACGUUCUCUGGCCAACAGAUCUUCGCCCUAGAGAAGACUUUCGAACAAACGAAAUACUUGGCGGGGCCAGAGAGAGCUCGCUUGGCCUAUUCUUUGGGGAUGACGGAGAGUCAAGUCAAGGUCUGGUUCCAGAACCGCCGGACCAAGUGGAGGAAGAAACACGCGGCUGAGAUGGCCACGGCCAAGAAGAAGCAGGACUCGGAGACCGAGCGGCUCAAGGGGACUUCGGAGAACGAGGACGACGACGACGACUACAACAAGCCUCUGGACCCGAACUCUGACGACGAGAAAAUCACGCAGCUGCUGAAAAAGCACAAGUCGAGCGGCGGCGGCCUCCUGCUGCACGCCUCGGAGGCCGAGGGCUCGUCCUGAGCGCCGCCCGCACGGCACCGCGGGGAUCUCGGCCGCCCCGAACGCGCCCCUCAGCCCGUCCUCCCGCCCCCCCAACCCGGGCCCCAGCACCCCGCUGCUCCCCGGGCCUUUACUAUUUUCUAAGAUGUACAUAUCUAUUUUUUUAACCUAGAAAUUGUGGCGGGGGCUGGAGGGGGGUGGUAGGACGGCGCGUGGAUGAGAAGGGAGCCCGCCGACUGCACUGCUCAAAAAAACAAAAAACAAACCCGCAGCCGAACCCGCAACCCCGCGGCUCCCCAGGACCCUUCCCACCCUCGACGUCAGCACUGCCCCCCCUCCAUCCCCCUGCUCCCCAUCCAGGCUCGGUCCCUUGCUCUGCGGUCCCUGAGAUCCCGGUCGCGUUUCUGAAGAGUCGCCAGCCAGCGCCUGGUGGGAUUCUCCGAGCCACGCAGGGCGUCGCCCGCCGCCUAGGAAAAAAGGGGACCGAGGCUCCCGCUGCCCACAACUGCUCUGCCCACUAAGUAACCUGUUGAAGGCUCUAUGUAAAUAAAUCGUGAGUCACACUGAC